AUGGCUGCUGCUGCCGCCGACGCCGUGCCCGCGCUGGAAGGAGUGGACCAGGUGGCGUACCUCCUGUAUGCGGUGCCGGGGGCACCCCUGUGGCACCAGCGCUGGAACUUGGGUCGGGUGGUGUCCUGUCCGAGUGACGCGAUCCUGGUCUCGCCGGACCACCAGCUGCAGUGCGAGGUAGUGGACGGGACGUGGCCCGACAUCAGCGCGGUGCGGUGGGCGCCCGCCCUCGCCCCCAGGCCGCCGGGUGUCGUGCGGGCCUACCGCUUCGCGAGCCCCCCGACUGCGGCGGAGGUGGCGGCCUGGCUCCCCGAUGCCCAGGCCGAGGCUCGGCGCUGCUUUGCUCGGCGCCACCCGGGCGUGGCCGUGCCGGCGCCCGUCUUCGAGGCGUGGCCCUGGGCUGCGCCGGGGGCGCCGGCUGCCGCCGUCGGGCCCGCCCCUGCCGCGGGGGGCCCCGCCGCCGGGCCGCCGGGCGGAGGCUGGGUCGUUGUGCCAGCGGGGGGCCCGCCGCCCGCCGCGGCGCCCGUCGCCCCGGCACCCGCGCCCCUGCCGGGCGGGGUGUUGCGCCGAGGAGGUGCGGCCGCGGGGGCUGCGCCGGCCGCGGGCGGCGGAGAGGCGGGCGGAGCGCCGGCGCCCGCGGGAGCAGCGCUCGCGGCGGCCGCGCUGGCGACGCCGCCCCCGCCCCUGUUGGGGAACUGGCGCGUCGCCCAGGAGUGGAGGGGGUACCACUACGGCGAUGUGAUCACCCCUCCAGCGGGCUUCGCUGGGGCGGGCACUCCCGCCCGCGGAGUCGUCCUGCUCGCAGACGGGUCGUCUCUCUUCGUCGAGUGGGUGGCCAUCGGUGACGAGUCGGACUUCGCCGACCGGGCGGUGGCGCCCGACUGUCGCCUGCUGCCGGUCCGCCUCGAUCGCGCUGGCAGGCCCUUCCGGACGCUCGAGAACCUCGUCGAGAGCUGCCGCCAGGAGCACCUCCCCGACUUCAUCGCGCCGAGGACGACCAUGUGGUGCCUCGAGCACCUCGCGGGCGAGGGCCGCUCUCUCGAGUCCCACUUCGAGCACUUCAAGAAGCUGUGCGGCCUCCAGGACUCCCAGUGGGGCAUGGAGGAGUACGCCAGUGUGAUCAGCUACCUGAAGGCGUUGCUCCAGCACGAUCAGGUGGACGCGUCCAACAUCCUGUCGGUGGAGAUGAUGUUCCGCCGGCUCCAGACGAUCGAGUACUGCUACAGCGACAAGUUGCGCGAGAGGACAGCGGGCUCCUCCGCGGGGAGGCUCACCGCCGACGAGCAGGCCGCCUUCGGGGCGACGGCCCGAGCCGAGUCGAGGCUCAUGGUGUCGCCCGCGCUGCUCGAGAGCGCCAAGCAGGAGCUGGAGCGCGACGCCUCGCUGGCCAAGAGCCUCCUGAAGGCGCGCGAGGCUCGGGAGUCGCUGGGCAAGCGGAGGCAGGGCCAGGGGAAGGACCAGGGGUGA